AUGAGCAUUGUCGAAAGAAAAAGAAAAGGUGACUUCACAACGCAGCAAGGCCAACUAGGUCGAGGACAUCGGCGGCUGUGCACAGUCCUAUUGAAAGGGAUUCUGUCUCCCAAGAAGAGGAAAGGGUACCUCGUCAACUUUUCAGAUGGCUUCACUCAAAGGAAAGAUCAGCCAGAAAAACUCUACCCAGUCGGCGAAGCCACAGUUCGGACUCUCUCAGAUAGCAAUGCCUCCAUUUUUUUAUGGCUCGUCUCCCGGGGGGCGAUGCCACGCAUAGGAGGGGCAAGGAGACCCGCCUUCGAAAGCCCCGAAAAGUCCGAGAGACAGCGGAAAAAAUCAAAGCAAACAGUGAAACAACGGGAAACCAGCCCACCGAUCACCGAUUCACGCAAACAGAAAUAUCAUUUGGAAGACAGCCACGGCUGUAUUUUCAAAAUGGGACCUCUGUCCGCACCACGAGACGAGCAAAAGAACGGCACCUACGGAUAG